UGAAACCAAGCAUCCCCUCCCCUAGGUCAUCAGACUAGUAUGCUAGAACACAAUUUAUUCAUUUCUUUUCUACCUACCUCCUUCUUAGAUCAGAAGGAACUGAAAAUUAAAACUGAUUUUAAAAUGGCAAUGGAGAUGAUUCGAAGCACUGUUGUUGGGACUGAUUCAAAGUAUAAGGACAAGGAUGACCUUCUAAUACUUGCUGCAGCUGAAAACUUAACACGGGAAAUACAGUAUCUUACCAGCAGAAAUGAUCAACUGCAAAAGGAAAUUGACAUAAUUUCUAGAAACGUGAAAGAUGGCUGGGUUUACUUUAAUAAUGCAUACUAUUGGUUGUCUGAUGAGGAACAUUCAUGGAUGAAUUCCCAACAAGCAUGUCAGAGGGAAGAUGCCACGCUCCUUUCUAUAGAAACAAAGGAAGAACAGAUAUUUGUGGCAGAUCUAGUAUACGCCAAAAAAAAACCUUUUUGGCUUGGACUCUUUAAAGACAAGCAAGGGAAAUGGAAAUGGCUAUCAGGUACAAUGGUUGGAGCGGAUGAGUACUGGAGACGGAAAGAGCCAAAUUCAGGCAAGAAGCACGACUGUGGUGCAAUGUACUUUAGCUGCCCACAAACGAAGUGCUGGGUAGCCUACAUCUGUGAGCAUCGCAAAGGGUGUAUUUGCAAGAAGGUGCCGAAAGAUGUUUGGCUCAACUAAGACACUUUAAAAUGAACAAAAUUGGAUCUCAUGAUCACUACACAAAAACAAAACCAAGAGAUCACCCCACCCCACUGUUUUAAUGCACAAUCCACACUCUUCCAUUUAGAUUAUGGGACUCUCUGGCAUCAGCCCUCAAAAACACCUUGAAAAGACCUUAUUCUGCAAGCUCAAACAUAGAUGACUACAAAAAUAAAGAAUGGAAGGGUCCAGUCAUAGCCUGUUUACUGUUUAAUGUAUUUAUUUGCAAUGCAUACCAAUAUUUGUUUCCUUACUCUGUGUAUUUGAUGCCCCAUUGCCCCUUCUGAUCUCCAUGGUCGCUACUUUACAAGGCACAGAAGGACAACCAUGCAUGCCAGGCAAGGAUAAUGGGGGCCACCCAGCGCCUGGUGUCCCUUUCUAGCAGACUCAUCACAAAUACAACUUUGGCUUCAUCACUGGGAAAUUCUGGCGGCCUUGCUCUCAUAAAGAGCUAACAUUGGGUAACAAACACA